AUGGUAGAUGCGGUCUUCUCCACCGUCUACACGGCGAAGUUAGAGGGGCGAAUCGAGAGCGUGCAACGGAGGAAAAGAGAGAUCCAAAGACUGCAUCAUGCUUUGAAGCUCAACCGAUCGAAAUUGGUGAUAGCAUUGCAGAAAGACGGAUAUAGUGCGGCCGACGCCUUGCUGGAAAUCCAUACAACCCUAUGGAAACUUCGAGAGGUUUUCCAUUUCCUUGAUUUUGGCAAGUCAUUGGCAGCAGAGCAAAUGAUAGAGCAGGGCAGAGACAAUCUACAUCGCUCACAACCACUAGGGACAGUGUUGGUGCUAAAUGGCAACCGUCUUGUCGUCGCUCAGGCACUUGUUCAAGCAGCCUACACAAUUGCCACAGGGAAUACGUCGGUAAUUGUCCUUCCAUCUGCAGACAAGUGGAGAGCGACAAUUAUCGAGUUACAGCACUUAUAUGAGAGAUCCAAAGUCGAUGCAGAGAUCCUUCAAUUAGUGGUACCUAAUUCCGAAGCGGAUUAUAAGAAAAGCAUCACCGCUCUCUUGGAGUGUCCAUUCGAUGCUGUUGUCAUCAGCGAUGAACAGGCACUCGAUUUAACCAAGCAGAGCGACAGCCACUACGCCUCUCAGGAGCGUCGCCUAAUCCAUGCGAUAUCCACGGCCUGGCCAUGCAUUGUAACAAGAAAUGCGGAUAUUAAACAGGCGGCAAGAGAUAUUUCGGUGGCCAAAUUUAUCGUCCUUUCCGGACAGUCCUUGGUUAGUCCAAGUGUCGUUUUCGUCGAUGAAUUCAUUCUUCCUGAGUUUCGCGCUGCAUUGGAAACAGCUGUAGGCGAGGCAUCCUUGGCUGGUCAUCAAUUGAUGUCGAAAAGCCCCACCUCAUUUAAAAAAGAUAAAGCUUCUUCAGACGCAGUCCAAGCGUUUAAAGCCUUGGGCGGCUCGAUCACGGAGGUUCAAGGCGGCGAUAUAUUGGUGGGCAAAGCAGACUGGAGAUACUUGGACGAUUAUUUCCCUUUGAAGUCUUUUGUGAACGGCGGUUCUCAAUCGCCUAGGGCCCGGCUUCUGAUAGUGCCAGUCACCAGCGUGGAGGCUGCAAUGAGCUUAGGCGCCCAAUUAAUUCCGCCGCAAGGCCCUUCUGGCUGGUACUAUUUCUGCAACAUGCCUGAAAGUCGUUAUCUGACCAACAUCUCCACCGAACCUACUUAUGUAAAUGGAAUACCACUAUCAAAUCACUUCUUGCCGUUGCCAUUUUUCCCCAUUGAGCAGGUGUUGAAUCAGUACUUAAAGCCAUCUCCAAUUUUCAAUGUUCGUCAGGAUGUUUCCGUGAACAGCAGCUUAUUCACAUUCCCGUCAGACCUAUUAAUAACCACACUGGAGGCGGCUAUAGAAGGAGACACACUGAAACCUCCAGUUCAAAAGUCAGGAUUUCAGGUUGGAUUUUUUGAACAGGGUGCAAGAAUGGGAUUGGCUCAUUUUCUUGCAGUGCUUCUUGGAACAACCGGUCUUGGUAUUUGGUGGAUCCGGUCUUUGUGGACGGCCAACGCGUAA